AUGUAUACAAUGGUUGACGAAAAUGAGGAUCGAUUGGUUGACAGUGGCGAUGAAGUGCAAAGUAUUGUCGAAUGUGGCAUAACUAAUACUCAAGUGGCAGAUAACGAGAUGUCCCUCGGCGAGACUGAGGAUGGUGGCUCGGUUUUAUGCGGGAAAAAUCCGCUUGUUACGGGCUUGGCUCCAACUACUAAAAGUGUUGACCGACAUAUCUCGGUACUAAUCCACCAACCUGACACCAAUCUAUACUUUGAUCAAUGGAAGCGUAAAAUGAACUCAAAGAGUGCAGUCAAAAAGUUACGUAUGGCUCUCGAGGAGUUGUUGCCACGGUUAAUGGGAGGUCGAGACUAUGCAGGUGCGGCAAAAGUAUUGGAGAUAAUGUAUCAUCGAUUCCCAGUCGCACCUUCGCUGUGUGUUGAGGCCAGUCUUGAAAUCUUGCGCCGGCAACCAGACUACCGUAAUGACCUACUAGAAUUUUACGAAGCUGCAUUAAACGUCGAGCAUAUAGAUAAAGGUUUGAUUUUGAAAGAAAUGUGGCUCUUUUACAUUGGACAUGGAGAUUUCUAUGAGGCGUACCAUUUGUACCAAGACAAAAUAUUGUUGAUCGAGGAAUUUGAUAACGAUGCGAGAUUACUUGCAACUUUUGGCAUUUUGUGCUACUGGCUCAUGCUAAUUGAGUCAAAAGAAAUUCGCGAUACGCUCAAACGGGAAGAAACGGACUGCGAUGAAUAUGAAAACGGAGAUGUGUCUCCUCCCAUUGGCGAUACGUUUUUUGCAAGUGAAAAUAUCGAGUCGGUGAUCGAGUCUAACUUCUUGUUCAAAACACCAAUUGGAGCUCACAUUCUUUAUCAGCAUGCUACCAAUGCAAUGAGGCGAGCAGGGGCGUUGACUCCCAACUCAGCUAUGUUUGUGGAGUAUUACGUGCAGCUUCUUGUACUUGUAGGGGACAUCCAACCAGCGUGCGAUUAUCUUGAGAAAUUCUAUCAUUUGAAUCCUGAUAAUCCCCAUGGGCCAAGAAUGCUGGCGCGAUUUCUAGGCUGUUACUAUCCGGAAUCAGUAGAUGCUCAGGUCACCGUGCUAUCAAGAUGGAUGAAAAAUGAUCCUUCCUGUUGUUACCCGCUAGAAAAGCUGCUGGAACUGUCUAGUGCCGGCGCGGUGUCAUCAUUCGCUUUGACGAAUGUCCUUGUCGACGCGCUUGACACCUGUGGAAGCGACCUAUAUGUUAUGAAAAACCCGAACCUAGCUUCGACACUGUGGAGGAAUCUAGCGGAGCUGGUGGCGGCAAUGGAAGAGGAUGAAUUUUUAUCGGACCAAGUGGAAGGAAAUGAUUAUAAUUUUUCGCAUCAAGUGACGUUAGCAGACUUGGGAGCCCAGAGACUGUGGUGGAAGAGAAUCUAUCUUGCCAAACCAAGCACGGUGGAGGAAGUCGUCGCUAUUGCAAAACAUGACAGUUUUCUUUUGGAGAUAUCCAUUUAUCGUGCUGCUGUAGCAGAACGGCUUUUCUCUGGUAUUAUUCCAGUCACAGAAGCUUUGCGUUCUGCGAUGGCUUCGCUAGAUGUGACAUCCAACACUCGGCACAUUCGCUUGUUUAAAAGCUUUUUUCCUAAUCCUUCAACGAUAACUCCAAACGUUGCGACUUUUUGUAGACCAUUUCAUACCAAGGGACUUAUUCGUCUCAUUGUUGACGAAGACAACAAUGACCAGAGAAAACUUUUACUCCCUGUCUUUAAAGGAAGCUCAGACUCUAUUCACGUGAUAGACCGUAAAUCGAUAUUGGAUAAUGAGACCGUUGGCGAGAAGUCUGAGGUAGUGGUCACUCGGUUUGGAAAAUCCGAAAGUAUUGAUCCGCAAUUGGUCGAAGAACUAUACGAAGCUCUCGACACUGAAAUCAGCGAUUCUAGCCGGAAGACGAGAAUCAAUCAGCGAAAGCGAAAAAUUGGUGCUAUUUCUACUACGACUCCUACAUUAAUCCCGGCUUUUGCUUAUAUGGUAGAAGAAGAAGUCUACAAUAAUCCAGACGCCACUUUGCGUCACAUUUAUUCGACGAUAUACCUCAAACUUCGCCGCUCAGAUAUGUUGGUGCCCACGUCAAAAAGCGUUGCAUGCUGUAUAGAUUUUUUUCGAAAACGUUAUAGGCAAAAUCAGGAAGAUUACGGUCAUGGCGGUCUGUUGAUGCGAUAUGAAGAAUUUAUUGUUACAUAUAUUCGUCGCAAAGGAGUCAAUAGUUUCGACAGGAUAAACAUUGAUGCCGCAAAGGUAGUUUCGGAGAUGAAACGCUUGUUGCCCAGCCCACACCCACAUCUUCCCGACGCAAAAAUUGUCAAAGAGACAAUAUGCCGUAAAGUACCGAUGUUGUUACGUGGACGAAGACUUCAGCUCAUAGAGCUCAAAAAGAUUUUGCUGCCUAUCCUAAGGCAGCUUGUGUACAUCGACGACAAGUUGUUCGUAGAUGCGGUGUACUCAGUGAUCAAGCGAAAUAGACUUUUAGGUGUGCUGACAUAUGUAGAUAUCAAGCAUGCAGUGCAGAAUAUGCUGCCGAUGCAUUACUACAGGGUGCUCCAGAAUAUGCGACCUCUUCUAUUGAAACGAAUUACGUCACCUGCUUUCCGGGUUGACUGCAACACUGCAGAAGAGAUUCUUAAGAAGAUUAAGAAAAAGAAACCAAUGGUCGAAGAAAUAAAAGCGCUGUUGUGGGUGGAAAGAUACGAGGCUCUACACGGGCGGUUUAUUUACGACAAAGACCCACCGGCAAUGACCGUGAAAAAUAUAGGGAUAGACUCCGCCUGA